GCGUGGCCUCCGCGGAUGAAGACAACAAAGGGUCGCGGGUCGCUAGCCGGCGGCAGGCGGCGGUGUUCCAGUCUUCCUCGUUCGGCUUAGCUGAGGGUGUCGGCCUCCCGCCAGUCCCGCUCCAGAUGAAGUGUGAGCACUGCACACGCAAGGAAUGUAGUAAAAAAUCAAAAACUGAUGACCAGGAGAAUGUGUCCACUGAUGCAUCGAGUCCAGCCCAGGAGAAUGAAGAGAAGGGAGAAUUCCAUAAGCUGGCAGACGCUAAGAUAUUUCUGAGUGACUGCCUGGCAUGUGACAGCUGUGUGACUGUGGAGGAAGGAGUCCAGCUUUCCCAGCAGAGUGCCAAGGACUUCUUCCAUGUCUUGAAUCUUAAUAAGAAAUGUGACACCUCAAAGCAUAGAGUGCUGGUUGUGUCUGUGUGUCCUCAGUCUCUGCCUUAUUUUGCUGCUAAAUUCAACCUCAGUGUCACCGAUGCAUCCAGAAGACUCUGUGGCUUCCUGAAAAGUCUUGGGGUGCACUAUGUAUUUGACACCACAAUCGCGGCAGAUUUCAGCAUCCUGGAGACUCAGAAGGAAUUUGUACGCCGGUAUCACCGACACAGUGAGGAGCAGCGGGAGCUGCCCAUGUUGACCUCUGCCUGUCCUGGUUGGGUCAGAUAUGCUGAGCGGGUAUUGGGCCCCCCAGUCAUCCCACAUCUCUGCACUGCCAAGUCCCCCCAGCAGGUCAUGGGCUCCUUGGUGAAGGAUUACUUUGCUAGAAAACAGAAUCUGUCUCCAGAGAAAAUUUUCCAUGUUGUCGUGGCUCCUUGCUACGAUAAGAAGCUGGAAGCUCUUCGGGAGGGACUUUCCACCACUCUGAAUGGUGCCAGGGGCACUGACUGUGUUCUGACAUCAGGUGAAAUUGCUCAGAUGAUGGAGCAAAGUGACCUCGCUGUGAAGGACACUGCUGUGGAUACUUUGUUUGGAGACGUGAAGGAGGUGGCAGUACGGCGUCACGAUGGAGUGAGCUCAGAUGGGCAUCUGGCCCACGUCUUCAGACAUGCAGCCAGAGAGUUGUUUGGCGAGCACGUGGAAGAGAUCACCUACCGUGCACUAAGAAACAAAGACUUCCAUGAGGUCACCCUUGAGAAGAACGGGGAGGUCUUACUGCGCUUUGCUGCAGCCUACGGCUUUCGCAAUAUCCAGAACAUGAUCCUGAAGCUCAAGAAGGGCAGAUUUCCAUAUCAUUUUGUGGAGGUCCUCGCAUGUCCCAGAGGAUGCUUAAAUGGCAGAGGCCAAGCCCAGACAGAGGAUGGCCACACAGACCGUGCACUGCUGCAGCAAAUGGAAGGGAUCUAUUCCAGCAUCCCUGUGCGGCCCCCAGAGAGCAGUACGCAUGUGCAGGAGUUGUACCGGGAGUGGCUGGAGGGUACCGAGUCCCCCAGAGUCCAGGAGGUGCUGCACACCACAUACCAGAGCUCGGAGCCCCGCACAGACGGCUUGGAUAUCAAGUGGAUCAAGAAUUCAGUAUAUGGAUCAAACUGAAAAUCAUCAAAGAUG